AUGGCAACGCCACGACCUGAAGAGCAGUGGCCUUCAACGGCGCGCUUGGCUGAAGACAUUUAUGGCUUUCUGAGUGAUCUUCAUCGGAGGAAAACCAGGUACAUGGCAACAGGAAGCUCUGAACCCAUUCACAUCGAUCUGGGCAGAAAACCACAUGCUUUGUCUUCUGCAAAUGGUGAAACUCGGCGCUCCUCCGUGUGCUCCUCCGUUUUUGACUCAGAGAGGUCCUUGUCUUCCAUGUCGUCAGUCUCACCAGGGCCACAGCUCCCGUGUGAGUUUUACGGGUAUGACGACUGCGAAGAGACGUUCGAUCUAAAUAACGUUAAUGACUGGGUGCAGCACAUUUGCGGCCAUCAUCUCAUAUGGAGGCUGCCAAGGGACUGCAUUUGCUGGUUUUGCGAUGACGCAGUCUUCCGCACCGUAAAUGAGACAGCGGACGAGCGAGAACACAAUUAUAGAGCCAGAAUGCAUCACAUUGCCGACCACUACGCCCGCGGCGCGACAACGUCCGAUAUUCGCCCAGACUUUUACUUUCUAGACCAUCUCCGAGAUAUUGGCUUGGUCUCAGAAAGAAACUUUCGAAUUUACAAGGACUGGCACGAAGCUCCCCAGCCAAAGGGCGGCAUACACUCCAAAGAGCCUGCUCCGUGUGCGUAUCAUCAGGAAGUGGCUGUCGAGGUGAAAUGGCGUCGCGGGCGGGAGCGUAGGCAAAUGGUUCGUCGUCCAUGA